UUGUCUAUGGAGCUAUCAUAUGAUCAAUGAUCUACUGAUUUCAUCUUCCUCCUCGAAUCUUUUCGUUGUAGCUGAAUAGUUACGUCUCUUUAAAAAUCCGGAGGGUGAUAUAAAGGGAAGAUGAAGGGGUGCAUUUUCAAUAUCGACGCUGGUUAUUUGGAAGGAUUGUGUAGAGGUUUCAAGUGUGGUAUUCUGAAACAAUCAGAUUACUUGAAUUUGGUACAAUGCGAAACAUUAGAAGAUUUAAAACUUCAUUUGCAAGGAACCGACUAUGGUACAUUCUUAGCUAAUGAACCCAGCCCCCUCGCUGUGUCAACUAUUGAUGAUAAGCUCCGUGAAAAACUUGUUAUUGAGUUUCAACAUAUCAGGAAUCACUCUGUAGAGCCGAUGUCUACUUUCCUGGACUUCAUUACCUACAGUUACAUGAUUGAUAACAUUAUUUUGUUGAUCACCGGUACUCUUCACCAGAGACCCAUAUCUGAGUUGAUCCCCAAAUGCCACCCUCUGGGCUCGUUUGAACAGAUGGAAGCCAUCCAUGUUGCUGCAACUCCUGCCGAGUUGUACAAUGCUGUACUGGUUGAUACUCCACUCGCUCCAUUCUUUGUGGAUUGCAUCAGUGAGCAAGACUUGGAUGAAAUGAACAUUGAGAUCAUCCGUAACACUCUGUAUAAAGCUUACUUAGAAGCUUUCUAUGAAUUCUGCAAGCAAAUUGGCGGAACAACUGCUGAUGUCAUGUGUGAAAUCUUAGCUUUUGAAGCUGAUCGUCGUGCAAUUAUCAUUACCAUCAAUUCCUUUGGUACUGAGUUGUCUAAGGAUGACCGAGCUAAGUUGUACCCUCGCUGUGGCAAGCUGAAUCCUGACGGAUUGGCUGCUCUGGCUAGAGCUGAUGAUUAUGAGCAAGUUAAAGCUGUGGCAGAAUACUAUGCUGAAUAUUCAGCACUGUUUGAAGGCGCUGGAAUGAAUGUUGGUGACAAAACAUUGGAAGAUAAAUUUUUCGAACACGAGGUCUCCUUGAACGUUAUGGCCUUUUUGCAACAAUUCCACUUUGGAGUUUUCUAUUCCUACCUCAAGCUCAAAGAACAGGAGUGCAGAAACAUUGUGUGGAUCAGCGAAUGCGUUGCUCAGAAACACCGAGCUAAAAUUGACAACUACAUUCCUAUUUUCUAGACCAUACAGUUAUACGCCCUUUGAGUUGUUGAACUUUCUUAAAUUGUACAUACUAUUGACAAAUGUAAAUUAUCUUCCCUGAAAUGUCUCUAUCAAACAAAAUCAUACUGCAUAGCUUGAAAUCUUAAAGACAAAAUAUUUAUUAUAGUUUGGUUUAGACAUGCAGUAUUAUAGCAUUAUAAAUAUAUUGCCAUACACCCAUUUGUGAUAUCAUAUCACACUAUACAGCUUAGAUGUAGCGGAAAAUUAAAUGGAGUUAUAUUGUUGUCAGAAAAUAUUUUUAUUGUAAAGGAUAUGUUUUCUAUAAUAGUGGUAACAGGAUACACGGAUAAAAUGUUUUUUACCACUAUUCAAACAGAAUAUUAUUGACAUUCCAGUUGAUCCUCGAUAAAAAUGUAUAACAUCCAUGCCAUACGUUGAUUAUAUUUUCAAAAUUUAAGUCAUCAUAGCACCUUAGACAAUUGUCCUAUAAAUUCAUUUACUCAUAUAUUGUCUUGUUGCUGUCGGAGUUUGCGAGUUUUAUUCAAAGUUUCUGUAUAAAUGAAUGUAGUAACUAUACAAUUAAAUUCUAUAUAAAGUUAUAAUCUUUACAUAUAAAUUGUGAAGUUGUGUUAGAUUCUUGAUUAAAUAAAAAAGUUAAAAAAAAUAA